AUGGUCCCGCCGCGUCACCCUAUCACUUACAUUGGCUUAAAACACGUGGCGAAGGUGCUUACGGGUGGCAACCCUGAUAUAUCCGGUACAUCAUCGUUGUCGUUGUCCACUGUCCAGUGUCCAGUCCACGUUUUCGUUGCCAUAGCCAUUACAGGAGAGUGCUGUGCUGAGCUGACGAGGUUACUGAUGCCUAACAAAAAGUUAAACUUAACGGCUGCGUCCACCUAUGUGGUGUCGGAGGAGGCUCUUCGGCGGGUGUCGAUUGCCAACCGAGUCGCCGAAAGCGUCCCUUGGGCCAACACAUACCUGGUGGUUGGAAUGCUCGAGCAAUUUAAAUACAACGAACAAUGUUUUAUUAACAUCCUCCGCGGCUGGAGGAUGUUAGGAAGACGGAGGGAAUUCGGACGAGGAGGUGCGAGAGGAAGUGAGAGAGGAGGUGAGAGAGUGCGUGAAAGAGGAGGUGAGAGAGUGCGUGAAAGAGGUGAGAGAGUGCGUGAAAGAGGUGAGAGAGUGCGUGAAAGACAGGAAGAAAGGGAUUUGGAAAGAAGAGCGGAACACAUAGUAGUGAGAGGCCUAAUGGAUGAAGAGAGGAGGGCAGAGAGAAGAGGAAGAGAAGAAGGGGACAGGCAUAAUGAACACUACUACAAUCGACACAAUGGGGGGAAUCAAAAUGACGACCUAGAAGAUGGAGAAUCAAAUUAAUUUCAUUUUUUUUUUGCAAUAUUUCUAAUUUAAGAUACAAUUUAUAUUUCAUGUUAUUUU